AUGUGUGUACGAGUAUACUACAAUAUCGACCUAGACGUUUUGAAAAGAAAGUACAACUGCAAGCAAAUUCUGAACAAUGAAGGAUUAAGGAGAGGAAUGAUAAAUAAGAAAAAUUACAUGCCCAUUAUCUACGAGAACGCUGAAAAUGGAAAGGGAAACAAAGACCUACAAAAAAUUAAGGUAAUUCAAGUUUGCCUGUGGGGACUAAAACCAUUCAACUUCGGAAAAUUCGACAAGGAAGUUCUUUUGAUUAACGCCAGGGUGGAGAGCCUGCAAUGGAAGAAGUCUUUCAACAUGCUAAUCAAUAAGAAUCGAUGUGCCAUUGUGGUUAACGGCUACUUCGAAUGGAUGGAGGUCAAGGGCUCUUCAAAGAAAGUACCAUAUUUUAUAUUUUCUGGAAAGGAUGAAAAUUCUUCUGAAGAAGUAAACGAAGGAAAACUCGAAGCGAAUAUUAAGGAAUUACCUGUGGAAAAGACGGAAGUAAAGAGCGAAGAAAAAAUUAUGCCCAGUGUGAAGAAAGAGGGAGAAACCAUUAGAAUUAGCGUAAAGAAAGAAAUAGAGUCAGACGAAGACAACAAAGGCGAUAUUAAGAAGGAAAUGAAAGAUGAAAAGGGAGUAAAGGAGGUAGAAGAAAAAGAAGAGGCCCCCAUCAAUGAAGGAGGAACGACGGUAACGGAUAGGGGUGCUCAAAAAAGAAAAAAUGAAGGAACGGAAGAGAAUAAGAAAAAAAAAAUUAAGACAGAGUUACCGAGCGAAGGUAAUUUUAAAAGAGCAAAUAAUUAUAAUAAUCAAGAGGAAGAUGACGAGAACGAGAAGUCCUAUGUAAUAAUUGCAGGCCUUUACAGCAUCUCGGAUAAGGACAAAAAGGAUUGCAGAUACACCAUAAUCACAACCGCUUCCGAGAAUUCCGCCCUGAAAGACAUCCACGACAGAUCCCCGCUUUUGCUGAGCGAAAAAACCCUAAGCUUGUGGCUGGAUGUGGAAAAAAAAUACGAAGACAUUAUAGAAAGUGUUAAGGAGGAGCACCAAGUUGUUUCGAACAACUUGAAGUUUAGGGAAGUUAAGAGCUGGAGUGAUUAUGCAAGCAAAUAG